UCCUGCGCUUACAUGUAGUGCUAGAUUGAACUUCUCUGGACAUGGUUUUGCUCUCAGAUGGCUAUUUAUUAUAUUAGGUCACUGUAAUAGUUACUGGCAUCCUUGUAUGGAACUCUUUCCUAGAUCUGUCAAUUUUCAUAUUCAAAGUUCUUGGUGGUUGGGGUGCCGGAGCGAGGAGACUGCAUACUGUACAUAUUACUAGUACAUCGUGGAAGUUGCCUGGUGCAUUCAAGUGGCCCAUUGAAUUCGAAACCUGUAAAAGAUGGCCAAGCUUUCAGGGAACUGCACGAAGUCAACUCAACCACUCACUGGUCCUAUUGAUUCUAAGGAUUGGAUUGGACUUAUUUAUCUACCGUCAGUGGAAGAAACUAUGAAAGAACAUAUUAGCUCCAAACCAACUAAAUGUUCACUUAUUGAUCAGGUCAAGAAUGCUAUGCUGUUUGGUGCCUCAGCUCUGAUAGUCCUUGCGAUGAAUCCAGCCCUGCUCAAAGAGUUGGAUGUUGAACAGCUCUUCAAACAACCAGUUAUUGUGAUUCAAGAAGCUGUGGGCAUAUCUAAGAUGUGCAAAGUAGUGCAAGGAAAAUCAAGAGUGAGCGUCAAGAUAAAUGAAGUUACCAAGCCACAGUCAUAUUACUGGAGCACAGCCAGGCUAACUCUCUGGUCUACCUGUGGCCGUUCAAAUGGAGGGACAUACAAAGAAUGGGAAGGGGUUGUGUGCCUCGGAUCAGGGCAUGGACAGUCAAAAAUUUCUCCAAGCUUUUGGACAACUUUUUUGUCAAUAGUUGGCACAGUUUGUUUACUUUUUGUUCUUCAUGGAAAGUGGAUCACGUGGGGAGAGCAGGAAUACAGUGACGAUAUGGAGAGCUGUUUACAACGACUUGCUAAAUCAUCCCUCUCCAAGAUGCCAGCAAGGAGGUACAAGAGGAAACGUUAUGUAUUGAGUAGGGAGAAGGAAAACUGUGCAAUAUGCCUGGAGGACUUUAUACCAGGGAAGAUGAUCAGAGUGUUGCCAUGCUAUCAUCAAUUCCAUUGCAAGUGUGUGGAUUUGUGGUUAAUCAACAAACGCACAUGUCCCCUCUGCAAGUUAAAUAUUGUUGAUCGGUUCACAAAAGUCAAUACCAGGAACCUCAGAUUAUGACAAGAAUCUACAUCGUAAGUGGUAGGAAACUCCUGCAACCAAAGGCAGAAUAAUACAUUAUUUUAAUGGUUCAUCUUUCAUGGAAAUCUGGACUUUUGGAGAUAUUUUGUUGUGUAUUUUUCAUGACAGGCACUAACAAGAACUGCCUUCUAUAAAUUGAUAUAUUUGGCGUUUGAAGUUUCGAUUGUUUGAGUAAAUAGUAUGCACAUAUGGACUGACGACGUCACUAGUGCAUGUGUAUAUCCCCAAGGGACUGUGAGUGAGGGGGUAUGGGCGUGGAGUAGUGACUGGAUUUGGUCAGUCCAUAUAUGUUUUAUAACACACCUCAAACUACAAAAAUAUUCCUCCAGGGCUUUAACUGUUUUAAUUCAACUUUCAAUAGCACUUCAAAUAUUGCAAAACUAUAGAAGGUUCGUUUUAGUAUCCCUUGAUGCAGUCUAAUUUUGAGUUGCUAUACUCAAAAAGGAAAAGAAUUCUUGCAGGGUUUUCACUUUUUAAAUUAAACUUU